AUGGCGUACUCACGGCUUCAGAAUGCUUGGGAUGGGCCUCUGCCCGUCAUCACAAAUCUUCUCGAGCAGGACCAUCCGAUGGAAUUCUCCGCAGCGCCGAUUGUGGAUACUGAGCCUUUCCCCCAGUAUCAUAACCCCGCCGAUGCCGAAGAUGCGUCUUUUGCUCAUUGUGUCUUACAUUGCAAGCACCAGACCUGCCAGCGCAUUCGCAAUAGGGCGGAACGUAGGGCGAAGUUCUUCAAGUGCGCGACGUACUUCUCCUGUGCGUGCAAGAACUCCAGCGUCACCUCACCACCACCCAUUCGGUUAUGCCCGGCGACAGAGAUUACUCUCGACUGUGACAUAUCUGCUGAGGAGUUUGAAGCCUUUGGAAAGCUGGACUGGGACAAGGACAUCGAGAUCCGCUUCUGCGAGACUCUGCACUUCCUCCGCCAGCUCAAAGUCUGCGAUUCCAUGGAUAAGAUUGCUCUGAAACAGACCCGCGCUUUCUUGAAGCUCGCCUUCCCAGACCGUGAGAGGCUUGCUGCCACGGCUGAGGCGUAUCUCAUCAAGGGUAUCUAUGGGUAUCUUGUCAGCACGCUCACCCCGCUUACGCAGCAGAGUCGACUUAUCUCCCCUCGUAUGCUGAAGACGGGUCUUGCGAAUCAUAUGCGACUAGCACUGUGCGACUGGAAACAUGCGUCCGGCCCAUUUCGCCAUGGUACAGCUCCUCCUUUCAUACCGAGGCGGUUCAAGGAUAUGCUCUUCUAUGAUGGCAUCGCGUGCGAGGUUUGGAAGGCUUGA